UAACGAUAUUAGAAUAAUAUUUGCAGAUCUGGUCUGACACUCAUAACAGCAGCAUGUCAUGCAUUCUGAUCCAGGCUAAAGACAUCCGGUCUAUAGAUGGAGUUGUAUGAAAAUCUAGGACUAGUGGGAGAGGGCACUUAUGGCUCAGUAAUGAAAUGCAGGCACAAAGAGACGGGACAAAUCGUUGCCAUCAAAAGGUUUCAAGAUCGAGAAGACGACAGAUUGGUAAAGAAAAUUGCUGUGCGGGAAAUACGAUUUCUGAAGCAAUUUAGACACGAGAAUCUUGUGAACCUUAUUGAGGUGUUCAAGCAGAAGAAACGUUUAUUCUUGGUGUUUGAAUUUGUCGAUCACACUGUUUUGGAUGACUUGGAAAGAUUUCCAAAUGGGUUGGAGAGUAAGAGACUUCGAAAGUGCCUCAUCCAGGUGUUACGGGCCACAGAGUAUCUUCACAAGAACAAUAUAAUUCACCGCGAUAUCAAGCCUGAGAAUGUCCUGGUCUCCGGGUCUGGUGUUGUUAAACUGUGUGACUUUGGCUUUGCCCGUACAUUGGCUGCACCCGGAGAAACGUACACUGAAUACGUGGCCACGCGUUGGUAUAGAGCACCAGAGCUGGUGGUUGGUGACAACAAAUAUGGAAAGCCAGUGGACAUUUGGGCAUUUGGCUGCAUGAGCAUUGAAAUGGCGACGGGCAGUCCUUACCUGCCAGGAAAUUCUGACUUAGACCAGAUCCAUAAGAUAGUGACACAAGUGGGAAAUCUAACGCCCCGCCUCAAGAGUCUGUUUAGCAAAAACCCGACGUUUGCCGGUGCAUGUCUCCCCGAUGUCCAGAGACCAGAAUCACCAGAGAAGAAGCUGUCAAAAUGUAAUCCUUUGUUGACUCAGCUGGUGAAGAAAUGCUUACAGAUGGACGCAGACAAGAGAGCCUCUUCCAUAGAGCUCCUGAAGCACGAAUAUUUCACAGCCGAUGGAUUCUCAGAGAAAUUUAUCCCAGAAAUCCAAGCGCAAGUUCUCAAGGAUAUGAAAGAUAAUCCACUGUUGAUUAGAAAACGUAAAAACAUCAGCAAGGAGAUCACAGAACAUGAAAAGAUGCUGUUAGCUGUAAAGCAAAGUGCCAAGAAGCACGGAAAGGACACCAUAAAGGACAAAGAACCUAAAAGCAGGAAGUACAAGCGUAUUGGGUCAAAGGGGGAAAGAAUCAAAGGAGAGCAGGUGGACCAUCCGACCGUUUGUAAGUCUUCCCCAAUGCUUCAGGAAGCCUCUCUGGGAAGCCCGUCCGUAGGAACGGAAAGGAUUGAUGGAAGUCCGCAGGGAAUGGAAGGGAAGCCGGCAGCAACAGAAGCAAAGUAUCUGAAUUGCAACAAAGCAAAUCCAGCAGCGACUUCCCUGAAGGAUUUGAGCAGCGGUGAGGAAGCUUUAAGCAACACGCCAGCUGCCAGCAUCCCUCCCAUCGGCACGCACGCCGGAAUGACCACGUGUCUGUCUCCGAACAAAAAUCCCAAUGUUGACACCAACGAGACAUCAAUAUCAAACUCAAGGACACAAGAGAAGGUGAAGAAAAAAACGAGCCCGUGCGGCAACCAGAUGGGUGAAAUACAUCCAGCAUCAACUCAGGAUGAAGAGGCUGGUCUUGGUGAACAACCUACACAAACAGAUCAAGAACUUACCGGAAGCAAAAAAAAGCCCAAAACCUCGAAGACAGGAAAGGGAGAUCUCCAUUUCCCUGAGCUCCCAUCUACAGGCCAUCCACUGGAAGUGAAGGGUUUGGAAGGAAAAUGCAAGAUGCUGAAAAAGGAGUUGAGAAUUCCUUCGUUGGUGACGUCUGACCAGGAGCAAACUAGGAACACACUCCACCAGGCCCCGGGAGAGUCGCAGAAAGCCAGGAAUUCUGCGUGUAGAAUGCAUUGCCCAGGAUGAAAAAUUCCCAUAUAAUAAAGUCUGUCACUACUGAUUGAAAUGAGUGCCACCUUUAUUUUAGCUGAAUUAAAACAAAAACGUUUAU